AUGACUUUCAAAUUAAUACUUCUUCGACAUGGUCAAAGUACCUGGAAUGAGAAGAACCUGUUCACUGGAUGGGAAGACGUGGGUAUCACUGAGAACGGUCGCGCUGAAGCAACACAGGCUGGAGCGCUCUUGAAGAGACACAAUCACCUACCCGACUUGAGCCAUACUUCGCUACUGCGACGUGCAAUCACAACAAACAAUAUUGCACUCGAUGCGGCUGACCGCCACUGGAUUCCCGUAACGAAAAGCUGGAGACUCAAUGAGCGCCACUAUGGUGCAUUACAAGGUCUCAAUAAAAAGACCACGGCGGAGAAAUAUGGCGAUGAGCAGGUCAAGAUCUGGCGUCGAUCGUACGAUGUUCAGCCACCACCCAUGUCUGACGACGCCUACCAGAAGCAGCUGGUGCAUACGAGCUUGCAGAGCCAAUCCGUCCAGGCCCCGAGAACAGAAUCGUUAAAAGACGUGGUAGCACGCGUGGAACCGUAUUGGAAAGAACGCAUCGUUCCUGACUUGAAAUCUGGCAAGACUGUACUGGUUGCGGCUCAUGGCAAUUCGCUUCGUGCACUAGUAAAGAUUAUCGAUGGUUUGGGGGAUGAAGAGGUUGUCGAGCUGAAUAUCCCUACAGGGACACCUAUUGUUUAUGAACUCGAUGACAGUCUGCGGCCGGUGGUGAAGGGUGGCAAGUGGCUUACAAAGUAA